GCCCGGAGGCCGUGCUCGGCGCAUGCGCAUCAGGUCUGCGCCUGGCUUGGUUUUGGCGCCUCGCUCGUACUUAAAAGCAGUCGUUCCCACAUCCGGGUCAUUCUCCUUUUAUAAAGCGGGCGGAAGGCGGCAGCGUGUUGUAGGUAAAGUGAAGCGGUUGAAGUUUUCUUCUGGUGCUGAGGGCAACUUCUUCGGCUCGCCGCUGGAUUGAGUGGCUGGUUGACCACUGAAUGAACGGAAUGUUGGAUUAGAUGGACCUUGCUCUGAACCAGCACAGUUGCUGAAUCAGAUAAGAUAUAGUUGGGACAAAUAGUUGGGAGUUCAUCCAAAACGUCUGGAGAAUGCAAGCCUCCAGAGAGCAGUGGAUUAUUCUCUGACCAUGUUGGAGAUUGAGGAGAAUCUCCAGGCAGCUUUCAAAAAGCUACGGGUUGACUCAGAAGGAUCCACUGCUUCUCUUCCUGUUAAUGAGGGGACACCUCAGGGAGUGUCGGUAAGAACUACAGAUGAAACCAAAGUAAAGACUGUGUGUGCAUCUAAGGAGAGCUGGCAUUGGUGUUUGAGGAAACCUUUGAAAGGAGCAAUGAAAACACAGCGUCGCCGGCGGUCCAAGUCUCCAGUACUCCAUCCUCCUAAGUUCAUCCACUGCACAACCAAAAUGACUUCCUCUAGCCAACAAAUGCACAAGAACCCAGCAAACACCUUUCAAAGCAGCUGUGGCCUUGAUGUGCCAUCCCAAAAGGAAUUCCCUAAGAAGGAUCAGGCCAAUCAUUAUCUCAGUGAUGUUAACAAAGAGCUAAUGGGGCCCAAACCUUCUGGGGCAUCCAUGGUUGAAAUGCCAAAGAACACACCUGAAAACGACACUGCUGGUGGUAUUCUUCUUCCUGCAACAAUUCUAAAAGCCACAGAUCUUUCUAAUUUCCAAUCUGUGUCGGCGCAAAAUCAAGGGAAUCUGUGUGCCUGUGUAGACAAGCCCUGUCAUUGUAAGCAAUGGCAGGACAUGAAAGUGUACAUGUUUUCUGGCCUACAAAACUCCCCCCUGUCUGCACCCAAAAGAAGAGCACAUAUGCAGGACAACUCCCAACUUUUGUCAUCAAGAACUCCCUCCAACUCCCUCAGGUCUUGCUCUGAGCAAGCCAGAGCUUGUGUAGAUGAUGUGACUAUUGAAGAUCUUUCUGGGUACAUGGAAUAUUAUCUGUAUAUUCCUAAGAAAAUGUCCCACAUGGCAGAAAUGAUGUACACCUGAUAAAGUGGGCUCGAAUGAGCUAAGGGCUGUGGCAUCUGCCUUUGGUCACACUUCAUCUUAGAAGCAGUUGCUCUCUGUGCUUGUAAUAAAAACACUUUGCAUCAGAGACAACCUUUUUCUAUUUCCUGCUCCAUUUAAUGUUAACUCUAAAACCAGAGAAUUGCAAAGACAACCAGCAAGACUGUGGAAUGACACCAGCUUGUUUAAGGCAUAAACUUAGUGAAUGGUUAGUGGGAUUGAUUGACUAAAAACAUUUAGGACAGCAUUUUGCAAUACUGUACUUUCAGUUUAGAGGGGAACGAGGCCCUUUGCAUCUGGAACUAAAUAGAACAUCUUGCUGCAUUUUUGGUUUUAGAAUGCAUACAGUUUCUAUGAUACUGUAAAGUGUGGAAUUGGAAGCACCGGUUUCUUCUGUCACUGUUCCUGAUAUUUGGGUAUUCUCCAGAAAGCUAACUUUGUUUGAGAAGCAUAGCAUUAAUCAUCUGCUAAAUGAGGUGUUGUCUUGAAGUAUAUAUUUUCUGUAAUUAUAGGGGGAAAUAGGAAAAACACACUUAGCAUUAUUCUUAACACAAAAAGAAGCAGUUCGGGCAGUUUAUUUUGCAGGACAGAGAAUCCUGUGGAAUAAAUGAAUCCAACAUUUUAGAAAUUUAGACUUUCGAUUAAAUGGCUAAUGGAUGAACACAGAAAUCAAGUAAUUUUAUAUAGCCACUAGAUGUCAGCUUUGCUCCAUAUCAAUAAUGGGAUGCCAUCAUGCAUCCUUAACCAGUGCUUAUGCUUGCUUAUAAACCAAGCUCUGUUCAGCUCUGUUUCGUAGAGCAUCCCUUUUGGCAUUAAUGUUCCAAUGUUUGGCAAUUAAGGAAGUGAUCACUUUUGCAUUUACAGCUUUAAAAACAAUGCGUAUUGAAAAAGGUUUACGCUUGCUAUGAGUUAAUGCUGAAGAGGGUGAUGUAAUUUGUAAAUGAGAUGUCAUGGUGUUACUGCUUUUAAAAUAGACUACAUCUCUUUCUGGCAGAUUUGGAUUUAAUAAAGCUGUCCUGCCUCAAGUCAGUAUUAGAUAUGCUUGAAAGCUACUGCCAGAGAUGGAGUCUUUAGGGCUUGUUUUUGUCUUCUGCCAAGUCAACAUGCAAAUUGAAUUUACUACAAAGCAGCUAGGGGGAUAAGCACAGGUCAGGCCCCUGUUCCUUUAAUAGUCAUGUAGAAGAAAGAAUUUCAGCAGGUGGAACUAGCAUGAUAUAAGUAUUACAGGUUCCAAGAGUCUUGUCUUUUGCAUCUUACCACUGUAAUGCAAACCUACUGAAGCCAUACUCCAUGUGGUUGCAUCCCAGUUUCUCAAGCCUUUGAUUGCAGUGGCCAAGAAUUGCAUAAUACAUUCUCAGAAGCUGGGUUCUGAGCUAGCUUGUCUCCUGCAAUCCACCUACUCCACAGUUACACUGUGGAUGCAUUUCACUCUGCCACAGCAGUUGUCCAAGAGCCCCCUGGAAAGAUACUGUUGCUCUGAAAUCAGUUUUCACUUGCACGUACUCUUUUUCAGUGUUUGCUUUCUUUUCGUGCUAAGAGGAAGUUCAUAGCUGCACUGCUAUGCAAAUGAUAUGAACUCCUUCACUGCAAGGAUGGGCAGAAAGUAGAUCUGCAGAUGUUUUGGACUUCACUGGCCAUGUUGAGAGUGGUUCCCAGGAAAUGAAGUCCUAAGCAUCUGGAGAUCUACCAUCUUCCCACCUCUUUUAUUUCAUGGCUAGGGCACGCCAACUUGUGUUGAGAACCUAAGGAAUAGCAACUCAGGGAAGUUCAUUAGGCAGCUAGAGAAUAUGAAGAGCUGUCUUAAGUGUUUUGUUUUGUUUUUCUGAAAUAAACCUGUGAGAUGAAACUUAAUGACUUUAUUAUCUUGACAGUUGAAAUAUUUGAUUUAUCAUUCCAAGUUAAUUUAUGGAGUAUUCUAUAUUAUUGUUAUGCACUUCCAUUUUAAAGUGCUACUUUUUCUUUAAGAUGAGGUACAUGUGAUUAAAUAUGGAACCUGGGUGCAAAUAAAAUUAUUUCUUGUGCUAA